GCCAAUUCUCAUUGUUUUUUUUUUGUUAAUUCCACAAUAUAUAUUUUAUUUUAAUAUGCAACGCAGCAUUAUAGAAUAUUGUUCUGAACACGAUGGAUAUAAAUGCGGUUACUGUAAAAAACCAAAUUCGAAUUACAGCCAUGGGAUGUGGGCGCAUAUGAUGACCGUUCAAGACUACCAAGAUUUAAUCGACAGAGGGUGGAGACGGUCCGGAAAAUACUGUUAUAAGCCGCUUCUAGAUGUUAUAUGCUGCCCCAUGUAUACUAUAAGAUGCAGAGCUUUAGAGUUCAAAACAUCAAAGUCUCAGAAAAAAGUUAUGAAACGGUUUAACAAGUUUCUGAUGGGGCAAGAAGAGAUUUCUGGAGAGAGUAAAGUGUCAGGUAGCAAUGAGGAUAUGACAGUAGAUACUGAGGGCAGAGAAGAAUUUGUUGAGAGUAGAAGAAGACAUCAAGAUAUUAAUAUUGCUGGUGUUGACAUUUCAUCAAUUGGUCAACCAGUGCAUUAUUUUCCUAAGGAAACAUCAGAAAAAGUUUCUGCACAAAACCAAACAACAUCAAAUACUAAAUUUAAAGAUAAAAAAGAAGAUGUUGCAGGACCAGAUCCUACUAAGGCCCCGUGUAAAAAAGCUAAACAAGCAAGACGAGAGAGGAAGUUAGAGAAACUAAAAAAGAAGGGCAUUGAUGUUAGCAAUAUAGAUAACAGCAAUAAAAAUAAAGAAAAACAAUUAGAAGAUUUCAUAAAUGAGCUGCAAAGUAAUGUUAAAAGAAACCUUGAGAUUAAACUAGUCAGAACCACACCACCUAGUGCGGAAUGGUUAGCUACAGCCAAAGAGACUCACCAACUUUAUGUCAAAUAUCAGAUGGCUGUUCAUGGUGAUAGACCAGAAAAAUGUACAGAAUCGCAGUUUAAUGGAUUUUUGGUUCAAAGUCCUUUAAUGGAAGAACACUCAGAAGUGGGUCCACCUUGCGGUUAUGGUUCUUUCCAUCAACAGUACUGGCUUGAUGGAAAACUAAUAGCUGUUGGUGUUUUAGACAUUUUACCCAAAUGCGUUUCAUCAGUCUAUUUCAUGUAUGAUCCUCAGCACAUGAAUUUAACUUUGGGAACUUAUGGCGCUUUAAGGGAGAUAGCGUUCACAAGGCAUUUGCACACAUUAUGUCCGGAGCUUAAAUACUACUACAUAGGGUUUUACAUACAUUCAUGCCAAAAAAUGAGAUAUAAGGGAAAUUUUUACCCGUCCGACCUCCUUUGCCCGGAGACUUAUAAAUGGUUCCCUUUGCAAGACUGUACUCAAAAGUUGGAUAUUGCACCAUAUUCAAGAUUUGACCCAGACAUAGACAGUAUUGAUGAAUUCUGUGGAACUGAUAGUGACAUGAAACAUAUACCUGUGUUAUAUAAAGGGGAAGUGAUACCAUUUAAUGUGUACAAGAACAUCAGGAAAAAUGUUAAUAUAGAAGAAGUUGUUGAAUACGCGCGGCUUGUUGGCACUAAAACAAUAAGACGAAUGAUUAUGGCUAGAUUAUAAAUCAAUAUUUUUUCGAUUGUUUCGCUUAUGAAGAUGCAGUGUGUAUUCACCCAGUUCUGUACUUACGUUUUUGACUGUAUCUGUGUCCUAUUUCCGGAGUUGUGCACCUGUUUAACUUUGAGUUGAUACUAGGAUUUCAUGAAUAUGACUUGACCCCCCAAAUUCCUUUGGAAGUCGUGAACUUCCGAGACGUGCGUGACAAUAUAGUCCGGCCCUGAUAAGCUAGGAGGAAGUCGUCUAUAUAAACUAGCAUCCGAUUAUCUCUUGGGUAGGAUCUCUGCGACUCAGCAGACGUAUAAUGUCUCACUCGUAGGAAUUUCAGAGAAGUUUUGUAUUUUGGUGUGUAGAGACCAAAUUUCGGAAGAUAUAUGAUAUAAAUAAACAUUCAGAUUAAUUUGCAUAUACGUACAGGGUUAACUGAAAAACUCCAGAAAGCUCUGUGCCUUGUAUAUGCCUAUGAUUAAAACUAAAAACUUUUGUUCUACGACUUUUAAAAAUUCAGUUAUAAUUUAUUUCAUACAAAAUAAUAAUAAAUUAUUUUAUUUCUAUAAAGUGGCAUUACUCUGUGUAACAAAACCAAAAUUGUGAUUCGGAAACGCUGCGUAGUCGGGUCAGUGACCUCACGAUACAGUCGUGGUUCGAUGUUAUAUUACAGAGUAGUAACAAAACAAGUAUUUUAUUAUUAUUAUUAAUUUUAGUAUUAUUGAAAAUUGAAUAUUUCACAAACUAGCGAGUUAAAAAAAUGUAGUAGAACUAUAGUAGUUAGGUAAGCAACUAGAGGCCCAGAGCUUCCUGGUCUUUUUUAAUUAACCCUGUACGUAUAUGCAAAUUAAUCUGAAUGUUUAUUUAUAUCAUAUAUGGAUGUUCACAAAGUAACGCAUUCUUCUUUCCAAUAAGUAUACAUAAUGAGAAAAGAUUACAAUUGAACGGUCCGCGUUUGAUCGUGGUUUUUAUUAAAUCCAGUGGGAACUGUUUGUUUUCUUGGUAAAUAAAGUAGCCUCUGUUACUCUCCGUCCUUACAACUAACUCUGCCAGAAACCAUGAUUAUUGGUUGCUGAGUUAGUCUUUAAGGCAGGACUAACAAACAAACAAGUAAACAAAUACACUUUUGCAUUUGUAAUAUUAGUAGGGAUAGAAGAAUACCAGACAUCUUAGACAGGCAACCUUAAAAUUUGGAAAACAUUAGGCACACUUUGCCGGAGGCUCAUACUUAAUAAAUAACAUACCAUAGACUUAGAUACAGUAUUUAACUUGACCUACUAUUUAAUUUUAUAACUAUUGAAUGCUUUUCAUCAUCUUAAUAUAACUAUUUAUCUCCCUCCCUCGUUGGUAUUGUGGUUAGUAUUUUCAACUACUGAUCGAGAAUUGUUAUAGAAUUGGGUUCGAUUCCAGUUUUGAAAUUGGUGGUCUCCACCCCCAAGUCUCGGAGAGCAUUUGAAGCCCUUGGUCCCGGCAUAGAGCUCACCUCAUUGGAGGCUCCUUCUCAGCAGUGGGAUGUUGAUUGGCUGAUGACGAUGAAUAUCACUAAGAAAUGGCUAUACAAUCUGCAAGCUGUACAAUCUUCUUUAAUAUACUCGUAUAUUUUUAACAUAAAAAGAUUUAAUGUAAUAUUAAAACAAGUCGUUUGUUCUAAAAACUAUCUUACUGAGAAUCGUUUUACAAUAGGAAAAAUCUAAAUGAAAUUCUAAUAUUAGAUUUUUUUAAAACAGCUUUUUUACGUGAUUUGUCAUUAUGGCAACUAUGCAAUUUUAAUUCAAUUACAAUUGUUCCAAGUGGUUUCUUGAACUCGGCCAAUCUUAAAUACUGUUGAAACUCAGAGCUGCAAUGAAUCGUUUACUUUCCGUGUUAAUAAUCUUAUUAUUUUAAGUAUUACUUUUAGUAUUAAAUGAUUCUGUUUAACAGCAACUUAGUUUUCUAGCAUUUUGUUUACCCCACCUGUAUCAUGCAAAAUGGUAUUUUCGUUAAUUUUUGU